CGUAACCACAACCGGGCGCGAUUGGUAAGUCUUGCGCCAUAGAGCAUUGCGGCUUGCACAGGCAAAGAUUUUAAGCUCCGACAUUUCAGCUCAGGGUUGGUUGCAAUUUCCUCAUAUUCUCAGAAUGUGGACGCGCUUCUUCCGCAAGUCACUGGUGCUGCACCGUUUAUACGAGUUUGGCCUGGCUAUGCAGGCGCCAUGGGAGGUUGUUUCGGGAGGGUGUGCUUUGGAUGCAGAUGGUUGCAUGCACAGUCCUGGCUAUCCUGCUCCAUAUCUGAAUUAUCAAGAUUGUACGAUCAAUGUUUCCAUGAACAACACACAAAGCAUCUAUGUCAAGAGCUUCUGGACCGAAGAGCAAUUUGACUUCCUAGUCGUCAACGGCGUGCGCUACAGUGGGCUUAGCCCUCCCCAAGGAGUUGUGCCACGGGGUUCAAUGGUUUGGCACUCAGAUCACUCAUAUGUCAGCCACGGUUGGCACCUUUGCCUUGGCUCCGGACCUCCUCUGACGGGGUGGUGGUUUAGCAACGGGUGCGCCAUGGACGGUGACUGUAUUGCAAAUCCUUGGUAUCCAUUUGGGGAUCCUGGCCUCAGCGAAUGUUCUGUAGUCGUAGCUCCAAACAAUACAAAGGCCAUUGCGGUGGACCACUUCGAUGUUUCCAUUGGAAGCAGACACACCUUCCUGAAUGUGAAUGGUUUCAAUUAUCCUGACUUCAUUCAGGUCCUGGAUCGCAAAGUGCCCCAGGGAACAAUCUUUUGGUCCAGUGAGAUUGUGCCACCGGACGAGGCUCAAGUCUGGAAGAUUUGCCUGGUGGACGUCGCCGAGCCGGUGCCGUGGGAAGUGCAGUUUGGGGACUGUGCGGUUACAGACAACUGCUUGCAAAGCCCUGGAUAUCCAGGGCCUUACCCGGCGGGCAGUGUGUGCAAGGUGCUGGUCCAAAAUAUCGCGAAACAGAUUGCAGUGUCGGCCUUUUCAACCGAAGAAGGGUGGGAUGUAUUGACAGUGAAUGGCCACCAAUACAGCGGCACCGACGGACCGGAAGGUGUAGUUCCGCAAGGCCAGGUUAUAUGGGAAGCUGACGAAUCUGCCAACGACCUUGGAUGGAAGCUGUGCCUAGUUGAGGUUAUCGACAGUCCCUGGAAUGUGUCAGAAGGCUUGUGCAUUAUGGAUGCGGAUGGCUGUAUCCAAAGUCCAGGCUAUCCAGAAGAGUAUGCAAGCGACCAAUCGUGCAUUAUUGAAGUUAGCGACAGCAACACACGGUCGAUUUCAUCGCCCAACUUUGCGACCGAAGAGUUAUUUGACGUUCUGAUUGUCAAUGGCAUUGAGUACAGCGGAAGCCAUGGUCCCAACGGGAUUGUGCCGCAAGGAACUAUUCGGUGGUCCUCAGAUUCAACGGAACAGAGCAGUGGAUGGAUGAUAUGUUUGGUCGAGGCUGCAAGCAGCCAAGCUGCUUGGAAUGUGUCCUCGGGCUCGUGUACGAUUGAUGCAAACUGUGUCCAAAGUCCUGGAUAUCCAGCAGAAUAUGUGGGAGACCAAACAUGCAAAAUCGAGGUUGCUGAUGACAACGUAAAGGAAAUGUCAGUGAUACAUUUCUCGACUGAAUUCAACUCUGACAUCUUGAUUGUGAAUGACGCCAACUACAGUGGCACUAGCGGUCCGCAAGGGCAGGUGCCACAUGGGACGAUUUGGUGGUUGUCAGACGCAGUAAACCAUGAUCUUGGAUGGAGGAUAUGCUUGAUCGACCCAACAUGGACAAUCCUAUCUGGUUCUUGCACCACGGAUGGCAAAUGUAUCCAAAGUCCCGGGUAUCCUCAAAACUACCCUGCUGAGGAAGGUUGUGCGAUACAGGUUGCUGCUAGCAACACCGACCCUCUCGUAGCGCAGGCCUUCUCAACUGAAGAAGACUGGGACCUCCUGGUCGUCAAUGGCAACUUGUACAGCGGUACCAGAAGCCCGGACGGUGAAGUUCCACAAGGAACGGUGUCUUGGCAACCUGAUUCUUCGAUCAAUGCGGCUGGGUGGCGUCUUUGCCUGACACAGACAACAACGACCACAACGAUUGCGGCCCUUUCCGAACUCUGCCAGCACCAUUUAGAACGCAUAUUGGUCUCCAAUGACCGUGGGAUCCGACAAAUCAAGUUCUUCUACUCUGACCAGACAUGGUUGCUUCUGGGCACUGACUUGCUUGAAUCUGAGGCGUUUCCUUUCAUGCCGGGGGAAGAGCUCUUGGAAAUCCGUGGCGCAGCAGAUGGGGCCGGACAGCUGAUGGAUCUCCAAUUCAUCACCAGCGCUAGGGUGUCUCCAUAUUGGUCAGGUUCCGCCUACCUUGAUUAUGCCGUUGAAAGCCCCGUCAGGGUCAUUUGGAAAGCAUCUUUUGGCAUGAGUAUCAUGGGGGCAAUGCAGCCAAAUGAGAUGAAACCAUUGGUGCAGAUUCAAGAUAUCGUUGAAUGUCCCGUGUCCACAGCAACCACCACCACCACCUCCCAGGCGUGGCAAGUCACUUCAGGCCCUUGUGUCGAGGAAACAGGCGGUUGCAUCUCCAGCCCCGGCUAUCCAUCCAGCUACGGUAACCGCCAGGCAUGCUCCAUUGAAGUUAUGGACUCCCAGAGCAUAUUACAUGUCUCCCACUUUGACACAGAUCCGUACGAUAGUCUUGUAGUUGCCGGCGUGGGGUACAGUGGUACGCGAGGGCCACACUCCAUGCUGCCAGGGAAGCAAAUACUUUGGAGUUCCGACGCGGCACUGGUGAAAGCAGGCUGGCAAAUAUGUCUUCGCCCCUUUGCCGCGGUGACAAAGGAGACUUCCUAUGCUGGCUGCAACUUUGAAGAUGGCCUAUGCAUGUGGUCAGUCGAGGCAACCAGCACAUCCUGGCAGCACGUCAACGCUUCCAGUUUACCAGACGGCUUGGAAGUUGCAGCUUUUGCAGGGUCUGGAUUUGCAGCUGUGCAAGAGUCCGCAUCCCAGCUGAUGAGUGUGACUUUCGUGUCUGCCGUGGACUGGCCGCUGCGAUUUGCGUACAGCACUGGGCCCAACACAACCUUACACCUCCAGUAUCAGACUGACGAGUGGCAAGGCAUUUGGUCGUCGUCGGGUGCAAAUGGGUGGAACACCACCAGCCUUUGGAUUCCAGCAUCGGCCAGAGCUUUGAGGUUCUUGACCGACAUGCGUGAUGAAGACGGUUUCGCUGCCAUUGAUGAGGUUGUCCAGACAGAAAUGUGUGGUAACUUCAGAUGCCCAUAUGGCUACGUCAACCGCGCUGAUACCGCAAACAGUGUUGCAGACAAUGCGGACCUUUGCUGUCAAGGAGAGAGCGUCUGGACAGUUGUGACCCACAGAGGGUUCAUCAAAAGCACAAGCGGCAAAUGCUUGAGCCCAGCUGGUUGGCCAGGAACUGUAGAAAAUUCGCCUGUGACACUUGGCCUUUGCGAUUUCAGCACCAACACUGACCAAAUCUGGGAGAUGAAUUCCGCAGGUGCUAUAAGAAACUUGUUGAGUGGCCAGUGCCUAGAUACAAAGAACAGCAGCCAUGCGAUUCUACGUGAACUGUUAAUUACGCGCAAAUGCUCAGCACAGAAUGUUGUCUGGACAUAUCACGCAGGAAAUGCUUCCCUGCAAGGUGGAGGACGUUGCCAGCAAGCUACCCUUGGAGGGAAGGAGAGUGAGGUGGCUCCAGCACAAUGCAAUGGUAGCAACCCUGCUCAGCAUUGGCAGUUUGUGUCAGCUGCUGUCAGCUGCAACUUUGAAGAUGGCCUAUGCAUGUGGUCAGUCGAGUCAACCAGCACAUCCUGGCGGCACGUCCACGCUUCCAGUUUACCAGACGGUUUGGAAGUUGCAGCUUUUGCAGGGUCUGGAUUUGCUGCUGCGCAAGAGUCCGCAUCCCAGCUGAUGAGUGUGACUUUCGUGUCUGCCGUGGACUGGCCGCUGCGAUUUGCGUACAGCACUGGGCCCAACACAACCUUACACCUCCAGUAUCAGACUGACGAGUGGCAAGGCAUUUGGUCGUCGUCGGGUGCAAAUGGGUGGAACACCACCAGCCUUUGGAUUCCAGCAUCGGCCAGAGCUUUGAGGUUCUUGACCGACAUGCGUGAUGAAGACGGUUUCGCUGCCAUUGAUGAGGUUGUCCAGACAGAAAUGUGUGGUAACUUCAGAUGCCCAUAUGGCUACGUCAACCGCGCUGAUACCGCAAACAGUGUUGCAGACAAUGUGGACCUUUGCUGUCAAGGAGAGAGCGCCAACUGGACAGAAGCAUGGGGGAACAAUCCUCCACAGGUUUUACAACACAGCGCAGCGUUGGAUGGAGAUGCAAAUGUCUGGGUUUAUGGGGGCAAGAUAGAGCAUCUGGAUAGGAGAGGAUCUGACUACCGUGUAUCUGCAAAUCUGUGGAAACUUGACCUCAAGAGCAGUGUUUGGACCUUGUUCUCUGUUGGCCCACAGGGCCGCGCCAAGCACCGGGCAGCUCUCAGCGGGAGCCUCAUGCUUGUCCAUGGCGGAGAGCAUGAAGGCUCAGUGCGAUAUCCAGCCGAGGUACUGCAGUAUGACAUACAGAGCAACCUUUGGACCACAAUUGCGCCACGCAUUGCCCCUUCCGGCCGCGAGGACCACAGUGCAGUAAUCGACGAAAUCGGUCGAUUGUGGGUUUAUGGCGGAUGUGCGACCAAGAGUGAUGACUGGCUUGAGUUUUCGCUGCAACCCCAAGCGCUGUAUGACCUGGUUUUCGAUGAUCUUUGGCAUCUGGAUGGGGCUGCCUGGACGCAGGUGACCAACGCCGUUAGCCGUAGCGGCCCUGUGCCACGCUGCGGCCAUGCAACGUGGGUGGCCUCCAACCGCAUGUGGAUCUAUGGGGGCCGAACCGGGCAAAACAGCUUCAAGUCUGACUUGUGGUUCCUCGACUGGACAUCGUUGCUCUGGACCGAACUGGAUCAUGGCAACGGUGGCAACGCGGCUCCCGGCGGUUUCGCACCUCCUCCCCUCAUGAACUACGCUGCGGUGGCAGCCGACAGCCGGCUGUGGCUGUGGGGUGGAGGGGCACGCGGCAAAGCUUUUCCUUGGAUGCCAAACCUGGACCUAUGGUGCCUUGACUUGGAGGCGCGGACAUGGAAGUUGAUUCCUCAGUCUGCAGCCACGAACAAGCUGUACAUAGCUCAAGAGCAUGCUAUGGUGAUGGACAGGCUUGGUCGCUUGUGGACAGUGGGGGGUGCUAAUGCGACGGACGAUCCAUAUUCUUUGCGUGUAAGCUCCUGGGAGGAGCAUCAGACUGUGCGCGCAGUGUUCUCCAUUGCCACAAGGCCAGUGCCAGACUGCCCAGUUGGCUUUUAUGCUCCCCUGGAGGAAGUGGUAGUUGAUGGCAUGGGUUGCGCACCUUGUCCGCGGGGUACAUGGAGCAGCCGCAGUGGUGCCAUUGGUGAUGCAUACUGCACGCACUGCCUUGAGGGCAUCACCACAGCCACACCUGGAGCUACCAGCGCCGAGCAGUGCAUCACCCCGGACCCUGGCCAGAAGCAGACCUGCCUCGCCGGGAAGAUUUGCGUGGGCACCUUCACCGGAUCUGGGCUGUCAGAUGGAUUUCUUCUGCUUAUCUCAAGUGUGAAUUGCACCAUGCCGAAGGUAUUCACUCCCGGACUUCCGUUGCGUGGCGUUUCGCUGCCUUCCAGAGCGCAGGGUCGCCAAUUCCAAUGGGGCGACUCCCCUGGCGAUUUUGUGCCAGAAGGUGGCAUCUACAACUUGUGCUUCUGUGCCAAGGUAGAUGCAACAAACUGCCUCAGUUUGGAUGCAGACUUUGGAGUCACUGUGGGCGAGUUGCGAGUUCUUGGGCCGACCCCGUCUUUGCAAGGAAGCUUCACAUGCGUGCGGGGCCAGUUAUGUGAUGGCCUUGGGCCAAUUUUGGGAGUUGGUUUCUCUGCUACGGAUCAAAUCAUUGCACAGAGCACGCGCUGUGGCACAGUUGGAAGGAACUACGCCAGGGCCAUCGCUAGGCUUGAUGGAGCAAGCUUCGUGCUGGAUUUUGGUCUUCUGAAUUUGGAUGCUGAUGCUGUUGGAAUUUUUAUAUGCUGGUGUGCCAUGGCCGACUCAAGCUGCCAGCUCGAAGAGUUCAACGUAGAAGCUGGCCGCUUGCGCGUGGAAGGACCUUUCGCCGGGCAAGAAGUGCGAUGUGAUACGGGCCAAUUCUGCCAGCUCGCGGUCUUCGGCGUGAAUUUGCUGCAUGAAGACCGCCUUCAAAUUCUGAGCGAGUGUGGGGGCACUGCCCUGCCUGGAUUCCCCAGCCUUGGCAUGUUGGCUAUGUCGGAAUCGGGCGGCCAGGGCGAGGUUUUCUCUUUCAUCGAGAAUCAGAGAGUGCUGGCAUCUCCUGGCUUGUACCGGCUGUGCUAUUGCCGAGGAGCUUGCAGUUCUCCAUCCAGCUUCGCCGCGGAAGUUGGCUUCCUUUCUUUGGCUGGGCCUUUGAGGGCCACAACGGUCUGCCGUGCGGGGGAAGCUUGCAAGCUUGCACUGGUCGGUUUUGCCAUUUCCUCCGGCGACAAGCUUCAAAUCCACAGCGCCAGCUGUGGCGAUGACGUGGUGCGAUUCCCAGCCCUGCAAGGCUCCACAUUUCAGGUUGUAGAGGUCGUAGACGGUGAUGGCUUUGAGACGGAUUUGGGCCAGCUACCUGCAAAUGCAGUGUUGGGCUCAUUUCAAAUCUGCUGGUGCCCCAUGGAAAGCUGCAGCCGGUCCAUGUUUGCGGAAGCAGGAGAGCUGCAGAUCCACUGUCCACGGGGUUACUUCGUGGAAAAGACGUCUAUGACCUGUGGCUUAUGCCCUCGUGGCUUUUACUGCGGCGGAGGCGAUAUUGACACGGCAGUUCGUGUACAAUGCCCUUUGUACACCACCACGAAUCUACCUGGUCAGGCUGCCGGCAGUGCCUGUGAGUGUUCUAGGGGAGCUUUUUUGGAUCGUGACCUUUGUGUGCCAUGUGCGCUGGGCUUCUACAAGGAGAACAUCUCAAAUGAGGAGGGCUGCACUGCGUGUCCAGCGAGCCAAACCACGUUCCAGCAAGGGUCCAUGUCCAACACCUCCUGCAUUACCCCCUCGCAAAAUGGCACCGGAGCGCAAAGCACCUUUGAAGCUCCGGCGGCCAUUUUUGAAAUGAUCCUGGAAAACCUGCCAGAGGCGAAUUCGACUUCGACUCUAAACGAGCUUAGGACACUGCUGCGUCAAAAGUUUGCAGACAAGGCUGGGAUCGAAGGCAGCGCAGUUGAAAUCCUUUUCGGGCAAGCUGGCACGCAGCGACGGCUGUCGAAUCUCAAGGUCGACGUUGCGCUGAAGUUUUACAGGCAGGCUGAUGCCGCGUUUGCUUUGGAUUUUGUGUCAGUGAGCGAGAUUGCAGAGACUCUGGCAACUAGCACCACGUUUUCGGGCGUCAGCUUGACCAGCUCAGGCUCCCGCUUGUCGUCCUUGAGGAUUGAGUGCGGCCCAAAUCAGGCGAUUCCGCCGGGCGUUUCGGUGCUUUCGGCCCAGGAUUGCCAGUGCAAGCCUGGUUAUGGCUACUUGGCUGAGACUUCAGGGUGUUCUGCGUGCAACGCAGGGGAGUACAAGGCCGAUGUCGGCAACAGGCUUUGUGAGAAAUGCCCGCCGCUGCAGUCGACACCUACAUCAGGCAGUGCCUCGGUGGAUGAUUGCGUAUGUGAGGCUGGUCGCUAUGCAAGUGCCCCUGGACAGUGUGCGGCAUGUCCAGAAGGUUUCUUUUGUCCUGGCACGGGGCAAAAGCUGCCUUGCCACAACAACUCCGUCACUCUGAGGAGCCAAGCAACAUCCCAAGAAGAAUGCGUGUGCAACCCUGGCUACAGUCAGAACACGUCGAACUUCCUUUGUUCUCCAUGCCCACGCGGCUUCUACAAGUCAAACGCUGGAGAUGAUGCCUGUCAGCAGCGGUGCCCAUCCAACGCGGACUCUGAGCCUGCAGCCACCGGCCCCACGGCCUGCUUUUGCCUCCAAGACCACCACGCAGUAGGCAGCGGUCUGGGCAUGGCCGGCGCUUUGGAGGCGUGCGAGUUUUGCAAUUACCGGGGCCUUCGCUGCCUCGGCGGCUUCGAGGGGAACCAGACUCACCAGCAGCCCACAGCUGAGCCAGGCUUUUUCCAGACGGGGGAGCGAACAGCUGUGGACUGCGAAGUGGCAAUGGAGAACGGCUCCAGCGUUUGUUUGGGACAUAAUUUGUGCGCAGACGGGUCCACUGGCCUCCUGUGCAGUGAAUGCCCUCUGGGCUUUGCUCGCAAUCAAUUUCCAGAGCAAUGUGAAGAAUGCCCCCAAAAUGAAGUGGAUGCAAGCCUUUUGAUGACAUUGGCCAUCAUUUUAGAUGUCUCUCAAAAGUCGAUAUUGGGUGUCGUGACUACCUCGCUUGCAGCAAAGGCAGCAAUUGCCAACAACCACGGGCUGCAUUCUAGCAUGAUCCGGAUCGGGAGCCAAUGGUUCACAGCAUGCUCGGUCAUUGUCCAGUUCAGAAUCAGCUUGCUCGAGGCAUUUCGCUUCACCCAGCGGCAAGCUGAGCUGGAGCACAAGGCGACCUGCAAAUCGGCCGGGAACUGCGAUGAGCCUCCGCCUCCAGAGAUUUAUGCCUGGCCAGAAGAGGCCACAGACGCACUCGCAUUGCUUUUGUCGCCUCUGGACAUCGCGUCUCGAGUGGCACCUGUGAAUUUUGCAGUGUCUUGCUGGGCAGAACAGGCUUUCCCUGGAUCCAGGGUGAAAAUCUUGGCUCCAGGUAUAUAUUUCAUGCUUCUGCCAUUGCUGUGUGGACUGGGCAGCUUCGUUCUUUGUGGGCUCCUGGUCUUUGUUGUGGUGCCGCUUGGAGACAAGUGCGGGGUGGUCUUCAACCAAGCCGCUCAGCAGCGCUUAGCCGCGAUCAGGGAUCUGAGGAAGGCCCUCGCUCCGCAGCUGGAGAUCUUGCAGCUGAACUUCGAAGAUUUGCCCUUGCUCGACGUGCCCUUGGAGGUGCUGCGUGCCUGCGGGGCGCCAGCUCCAAUGAGCUACGAGGAGUUGCUCGAGGCUCUCCGACCUGAGCCCGAAGAUAGCUGCUGCAUAGAACUUGAGGAGACUUCUGAUGAGAAGUGGUUUGAGGAGUUGGUCUUUCAGAAGCUGCAGGCUACCCCAAGCAAGACACAGCUUGCGGCUUAUGCUGUGACGAUGAAUCUGCUGCCCAUGGACCGUCCCUAUGGUGGCCCAUCGGAUUUGGAGGCUUUGGAUUUCUCGCUUUUCACAAAGUCCCCAAGCCUGGGGAAGCUGCUGGUGCAAAGCCUGCCAGUGCUUUGGGUCACGUCCAUCAACAUAUGGCCUCGGCUCCUGACUGAGUUCUUGCAGCUGAUCUGGUGUAAGGGAAUUGCUCAGGACGAGACGGUCGUCCAGCGCCUGUUCCCAGAUCCGGAAGUGGUUUGCUGGUCUGCAGGCCACGCGCUGAUCGCAGGCUUAGCUGUGCUUGGCCUCAUCGUUUGGUGCAUCGGGCUUCCGCUGCUCUUGUACCUGAGGCUUCUGUGCCAUGAUCGGUUUGCGGCCGAUGUCUACAGAAGAUUCGGCUACUUCAUAGAAGGGCUUGAGCCUCAAUGGUGGUGGUGGGACAUUGUGGUCAAGCGUGCGGAUAUUGCUUGCAUGAUGCUUGUAACAUACACAUCGUUCACGGAUGACGACAAAGUCAAACUGCUCGUCUAUCCUUUCUUGUCUGCGGUGCAGCUUUUUCUGAGCUUGUGGUGCAAACCGUUUCUGAAUAGCCAGGCGGAGAUUCUAGACAUGUUGGAGCUUUGCCUGUUAUCAUCUCGAUGCUUUUUCUUUUAUGCAAUUUCCAUCAUCCUGCUCUUCAACCCCGACGCUGUGCUAUGUUGGAUCAUCGCCGGCUUUGUGAUUGCCAUUUUUGGGGCCAUGGCAUUGUAUCUUCUGGCCCACAUCGCAGCUCAGAUGCUGCGCAAGGCCCGCGAGGAUCAAGCAGAGAGCUCGGGCAACUUGCAAGCCCCAGACAGGCUUGUGAGCUUGCAUGGGGCGAUCUACCUCGCCCAGAAGCUCCAGCGCUUUGUUGUCUCGCACACAGUGAGCCGGUUGCUCCCCCUGUUCCAAGAUGACACGCCUUGCACCUUGAAGUGGAGAUCGAAGGACAAGAAGCUUUUGUUCGAGUUUGAGGAGAAAUCGGGCUCUCUGCGCGCCAAAAUCCGGCGACGGUCCCUACGCUUUGGACGCUUUUUCCAGAAACGCUCAGUGAUCACAGGCAUUGAGGACUUCGCUACACUUUGGCUGCACACUUGGAAGCGAAGCGAUCUGAUGAACCCUAUGGAGAUCCUGUGCGUGCUGGCUGCAUCCGGAAAGGGGUUCAAGAACCAGCAAGGAGCACAGGAGCAAUGGAAGCAGCGUGCAGCUUGCGUGCAAGAGGAGCUCACUCUUUCGCCAGAUGACAUCACUGCAACAAUGCAGAAGCUUGCAACCAUGGAGAAAGUGCAUGCUCAAGAUUUGGUUGACUACGUACUUUCACAAACGAGAACAGCUGAGGCAUUGAAGUGCUUUGAAGAAGCUGCAGCACCUGAGACAGAAGGAUUUGAUUCGGAAGAACCAGACGUUGAUGUAGAGGUUGUCUUUUGAUGAGCAACUUCAAUGCAUGUGUGACGGCCAUUGCAUGAUUUUGGCCUAUGCUGUUAUUGUUAUCACGGAGUUUUUUGCGGCCGCAUAGGCCGUUCUAAGCUGCACAUACAACGGAACCAUAGAUGGAACCGGAAUAGAUUUGAACUGGCAAAGCCAGAGCUUCAUUUAUGCCUGCGCCGUAUAUCAGCGAA